AACAGUCAAUUUUUUCUAGUUUUUUCUUCAUCAUCUUCAUCUCUUGAUCACUCUGGACUCUGGGUACCUGGGUGCGGCGGUUAGUCGGUGCCGAAACUGGUGUCUCAAGAUCAUAACUCAGCUUCAUUAAUAGGAAUCCGGCACUCAGAAAAUCCGUCUGAUUGGAUCAGAACCUACACUCACGGCGCAUUCAAGUAGAACAUGGCAGAGAAACGUACGGUGACAGCUCGCGGCAAAUUUUAUAAUCUUAGCCAGCAUCUAAGGUCCGAGACGUAUACUAAAACUAUCAUUGCCACAAUAAAUUCGGGCGAAGAGCAUCGCCUGAUUGACCCACGACGUUCCCCAGCGGAGCAUGUGUACCGUACGGAUUGUCCUCAUGUAUUCCAGCUAAGUAGACGAAAAACCAUAACGACAGUGAAAACAUCGCCGAUGGGACAAUCUUCAACCUCGAUGGAAGGAAAGCAGUUGAUCCUAGACGAAUUGAUCGUUCAUUUAAGUGAUUCGGUGUACGAAAUGUAUGCCAACUGGACCAUGACAUGGGAGUUUGGGAUUCAGGCUGCCGGACGAUUCCAGAUCAUUAGUCAGGCUACUAUCACUCCGCACAUCGACCCGAUCAAGUGGAAGACUAUUGUUGUGGGUAAAGCGGAGGACACACAAGGAUUGCUUACAAAAUAUUAUCCUAAUAACGCACUAGACUUCAUUGUAACGUGGUCCCGUGAAGAGUCGUCACCCGUAUUGAAUAGCACUCAACGCGAAUUGAAUGAUCUGAAGAGAGCAAUGUCGCAAAUGCAGACGGCUAUGCUUGAAAGUUUCAACUGUCCCUCAAUUGACAUCACUCGUUUGGUAUUUCAUUCGAAACGCAGCGGAACUAUCAAACAUCUUUGUCCAGGCCACUCAGAAGAAUAUUCUGAAACUCAAGAUACGGAUAAUUCACAGCCUAAAGAUCAGGUAGCGAAACCUAAUGAAGGGCUAUUUCGGGACGAUUCCGACGAGGAGUGGGACAGUGAUCCAGAAGAUGUUGAACCCAAAAAGGCUGAAGAUCUGAUCUUUUGUCACAAACUCAGAGCUCUGUAUUUCGCACCCCUGCGAUCCACAUACCGAGAAUACUGCUUGCCGUAUGUUGCAGAAUUCAGGCAGGCCAUCACAGAGCACCGUAGUCCAUGGCCUGAGUGGGCCAAAGCUCACUGCACCCCUCAUAGAGUGGUACCAGGUUUCAAAACACUGACAAGCCUAAAGAGUCUGUACCGACUAGCUGAUAUGUUGAUCAUCCCAGAACUCAAAGCUAUAUGCCACAAACAAAUUGUUGACAGCCUAGAGCCAAAUAUUGUAUUCACUGAAGUCAAGAGCUCAGUCUUUCAGCAGCACGAGGAAUUGCGCGUGGAAGCUUAUAAGAUGAUGCGUAAGAAUUGGCAGACAUAUUGUGCCUUAGACAUCGUUCCCUUUAUCACUAAUUUGCCACAAGAGGAGUCUUGGCUUGUCUUUAACCACAUUCUUAACAAUCUUGCUCCCAAAACCCUUCUCAGUAACUCAUCUAUUGUGAAAGCUGGGUCCCGGGGGGCAUGAAAACACGAUAUAUUCAUAGCUGAGCAAACCUUACAUGCAUCUAUAAAAUGUCUGAUUGUCGAUCACCAUCUUUCCUUUAUGUCAUGUUCAUAUCACAUGAGAAAACAAAUUAAGUAUGAUUUCUGAAAGCAUUAUCAAGCAGGUGUACAUAGAUAUGUAGUAUUACUCUUUCUGAUCAGGUCAAGCAACAUUUAUCAAUACUACCUUGUUUUUGGUUGUGUAUGUUCUCUUGAAUUACAGUCAUCAACUAUUAUGUCAUCAU